AUGACAGGAACUAUUAAACGUUUUUCAUUUGAUUUCACUGUUCGUCUACUUUGCAUAACAGCAGUCUUUCCUUUUCUUAUCCCCCUCCGUCCCCAUCUUUCUCUGUUUCCAUCUAUCUACCUUCAUUUUACUUUCUCCCGCCCACUCACCAGAGUAGCAGUCUUUCCUUUUCUUAUCCCCCUCCGUCCCCAUCUUUCUCUGUUUCCAUCUAUCUACCUUCAUUUUACUUUCUCCCGCCCACUCACCAGACACGUUUUCAUCGGAAGAAGGGCACGGGGCCUUUUCAACGACUCCUCCAUAAUCUACCCUUCUUCUUUCACAGUCCCCGCUUCCACCGCCUCUUCCAAUUGCCGCAACGGACUCCACUGCCUCCUCGCCAUGUUUAUUAGCGUCGUUCUAGGGUUCGAGUACUUCCUGUUCCACCAACCCCCCCCCACCAAUGUCACUCUCUUUCUUAGGCUUUCCUUUUCUUUCCUAUUUGCUUCUCAUUUUCUUCCUCUUCUUUAUCACUUGAAUAUUGGCCUUGAUUCUAUUGUAACCAUCGUCGCCUUUUCCACUUCCAUUUAUUUACUAAUUUUUCCUAUUACUCUCUUGGUCUCCAUUCUCUCCUCUCGUUUCCUUUCGCUCUUUCAUUUUCCGCUCGUCCUCCUCGACGUCUACCAGCAACUUUCCCUUAUCUUCUUCUAA